GAUAAAUCUGCUGCUACCCAAUCAUCAAAUAAAAAUCAAAAUAAUUAUGACGAUUCAAGUGAUUCGGAUGUGUCGUCUUGUGAGUCACAAGGUUCAACACCAGAUCUCAAGUCGCCCAAACGUUUAGAUAAAAAUAAACAUUUGAUAACUAAACUGCUGACCACCCUGGAGCAAAGAUCCUCCAGCAACUCCAAUGAAGAAGAGGAGGAGGAAGAAGAUGACGAUGAAGACGAAGAUAGUGAUAAUGAACGUGAUAAUGAUGAAGAUGGUGGCGAUAAAUCUAACACCUGGGCCGAUGAAAAUCCUGUAACACAAGAAGAAAUCGAAGAUAUAUGGGCGGAUAAAUCACCAGAAUAUCGGGCAGCGACACCCACCUAUAUACGUAAACAAUUUGGCAAGGAUGUUAUUGCGCAAAAAUAUGGCAAGUUUAGCCGUUCAGCAGUGGGUGGUUCCAAAUUCCUAACGAACUGUCAUCCCUAUAAUCCCGAGGAAUAUGAUGGCCUGGAAUUUGAAUCCCGUUUCGAAUCGGGUAAUCUGGCCAAAGCUGUACAAAUCACACCAGCCUAUUAUGAACUGUAUUUGCGUCCGGAUUUAUAUACCAGCCGUUCGAGGCAGUGGUUUUAUUUUCGGGUGCGCAAGACUAAAAGGAAUAUGUUGUACAGAUUUUCCAUUGUCAAUUUAAUUAAAUCGGAUAGUUUGUACAAUGAUGGCAUGCGUCCGCUUAUGUACUCCACCCAUAAUGCCAAAACACGGAACGAAGGUUGGGUGCGUUGCGGUGACAACAUCUGUUACUAUCGCAAUGACGACGAGUAA